CUAAAACCCUCGUCUCUCUCUCUCUGCUACCCCCUCUUGCUCCUUCUCUUUCUAAAACCCUGAUUUUUCUUCAAGCCUCGUUUUUUCCCUAUCUACAAAGAGGGUUUUGCAGGAUCGUCAUCGUUGCAUGCUUGUUCUGUUGGGCUGAAGCAAUAAUGGCGUCUACGUAUCCCGCAUCUGUCACUGCUUCUGAGGUCGGUUCCUACUUUGUGUCUCAGUACUAUCACGUUCUUCGGCAACAACCUGAUUUUGUUCAUCAGUUCUACACCGAUUCGAGCACGAUGAUUAGGAUCGAUGGGGAUUCCAAAGAGUCCGCGUCUGCAAUGGUGGACAUCCAUGCACUUAUCACAUCACUGAAUUACACUGGCAUUAAUAUCAAGACGAUUAAUGCUGUUGAGUCAUGGAAUGGAGGCAUUCUCGUUGUGGUUUCAGGUUCUGUCAAAGCCAAGGAUUUCAGUGGGAGGAAAUUUGUGGAGACCUUUUUCCUUGCUCCCCAGGAAAAGGGUUUUUACGUUCUCAAUGAUAUCUUUCAGUUCGUUAAUGAAGAAAUGAUUCCCCAAAAUUCAGCAGCCAUAGUGUCUGAGAAUGAAGUUAAUACCCAAUCUAGUGCAUCGAAUUCUAUCCCUGAGCCGACAGCCUCUAGCUAUGCAUUGGAAGAAGAAGCCAGGGACUAUAUCAAUUCAGUUCAUCUUGAAGAUGAUCAAGUUGAUAAUUAUAGUCACCCAGAGAAUCCAAUUGAUAACUAUAGUCACCCAGAGCAUCCAAUUGAUGACUAUAGUAUCCCAGAUCAUCCAGUUGAUAGCUACACUCUCUCAGAGCAGCAGCAACAACAAGACUUUGAGGUUGAAAGUUCUGUAGAGGAACCUGCUGUAGAAGAAUCAUCCGCUUCACUUCAAAAUGUGGCAAACAUGGUGCAAGAACCGCAGGCUGCUUCUGUGGAGGAACCUGUUGGAGAGCCUCCAAAGAAAACUUAUGCUUCUAUACUGCGGGCUAAAGGACAACCCUCGUCAUCAGUAGCUGCUCAACCAGUUCUUAACAAGAUCAGCCCUCCUGCUUCAGAGUGGAAUUAUACGCAUCCCUCUAGUGUCCAGCCAUCAAACUAUCCAUCAUCACUUGUGCCUGAAUAUGGUGUGGAGGCAGUGGAGGAAGGUUCAGCUCUAGAAGAAGGUGAAUCAGGAUCUGUCUAUGUGAGAAAUUUGCCCCCAUCUGUUUCUACUGAUGAUAUCGAGCAGGAGUUUAAGAACUUUGGUAGAAUCAAGCCUGGAGGCGUGUUCAUUAGAAACCGCAUGGAGAGUGGAGUUUGCUAUGCAUUUGUUGAGUUUGAAGAUAUUCCUGGUGUUCAAAAUGCAAUCAAGGCAUCUCCAAUACAAUUAGGAGGGAGGCAAGUCUAUAUUGAGGAGAGAAGGGCAAACAGCAGCAGCACUUCUCGAGGAGGAAGAAGGGGAAGAGGCAGAGGCAGUUACCAAACAGAUGCGCCAAGAGCUCGGGUGGGCGGUCGGGGUUCUGUUGCUAGAGGCAAUGGUUUCCUUCAGCGUGGUUUUCGACAAGAUUAAGGGUCAUAAGACAAUUUUCUAAAGUGGGCAGUCUAUUCAGGGUCCAUGUCGAAGGCUUCUUGGUUUGUUUCUGGCUGAAGUGAUUAUUGCAUCUAUGAUUUCUAGAAAGAACAACUGAGGGGUCACUGUUUUGAAUGGAUGGGAGUGUCGAGAGUUUUCCAUUUUAUUUUUCUUCUGGGUUGGGUGUAUUUAUGCUGUCUUCCCCUUGAAUGGAUUUUAUCAUGCAAUUCAGGGGGAAAGUAUUUUUGCAUUUUGAAGCCCCAUGUGGUGAGUAGUGUAAGAAGUUGUAUGGAACUUUUUUAAUUUAUUUAAAACUUGCUGUCUGGAUAUAUUUUCUAUUU